AUGGCGAAACCUGGCAGAGCUCGUCGCUCACCACCGUCAGGUUCCGUCUCCGGAUCUUCCUCUCUCUCCUCCUCUUCCCGUUCCUCUUCUCGCUCUCGUUCUCGCUCCAGAUCCUUCUCUUCCUCCUCCCGCAGUUCCAAGAGUCGCAGCCGGAGUCCUCCGCCUCAGAGACGCAAAAGUUCCACUGAACCAUCUAGGCGAGGUCGUUCUCCCGCUCUUCCUCCACCUCCACAAUCUAAGAAAUCUUCUCCUCCCCCAAGGAAACCUUCUCCUGUACGCGAGUCUCUUGUUCUGCACGUUGAAAAACUCAGCAGGAAUGUCAAUGAAGGCCAUUUGAAAGAAAUUUUCAGUAAUUUUGGUGAGGUUGUAAGUGUAGAGUUGGUGAUGGAUAGAGCUGUUAAUCUUCCAAAAGGAUACGGGUAUGUGCAUUUCAAGACAAGAGGGGAAGCCGAAAAAGCAUUAAAUUUCAUGGAUGGUGCCCAAAUAGAUGGCAAUGUCAUUAAGGCAAGAUUUACUCUACCUCCAAGACAGAAAGUUUCACCACCCCCAAAAGCUUCUGCUGUUGCUCCAAAGAGAGAUGCACCUAGGACUGACAACGCUGGUGCAGAUGUUGAAAAAGAUGGGCCAAAGCGUCCUAGAGAAUCUCCUCCGCGGAGAAAACUUCCUCCAUCACCGCGAAGAAGAUCUCCUGUGCCUCGAAGAGCUGGAUCUCCUAGACGACCAGAUUCUCCUCGACGCCGUGCAGAUUCUCCUGUCCGUCGUCGAUUAGAUUCUCCCUAUCGCCGUGGAGCUGGAGACACACCUCCUAGGAGGAGACCUGUGUCGCCUGGAAGAGGUCGUUCUCCAUCUCCCCCACCUAGGCGUCUGAGAUCCCCUGCAAGAGUCUCACCUCGAAGAAUGCGUGGAAGCCCAGGCCCAGGGCGGAGACGUACUCCUCCUCCUCCUCCAAGACGCCGUUCACCUCCCAGACGAGCUCGUAGUCCUCCUAGAAGAUCUCCAGUUGGUCGUAGGCGUAGCCGCUCUCCAAUACGUAGAUCUGCACGCUCUCGCUCAAGAUCAUUCUCACCUCGCAGAGGUCGGCCACCUAUGAGACGGGGAAGGUCAUCAUCUUACUCGGAUUCGCCAAGUCCUCGCAAGGUAUCCCGAAGAUCAAAGAGUCGCAGUCCAAGAAGGCCUUUGAAAGGAAGAGCUAGUAGUAACAGUAGCAGCAGCAGUUCACCACCACCAGCCCGCAAACCAUAG